AUCUACGUCACCCAUCAGAAUGACAACAGUCCAUCCCUAACACAUCACUUCAUACUCUCUCUACUGCUGACACAGGAAUCUUUUGAACGGGACAGCUGAGUCAACGUAAGGAAAGGGAGAUCCACAGUAACAGAGGAUUUUACCCAAACAAAAGACGGAUCGGUGACUCAAAAAGGCACUACUUCAGAGAGCCUUCGACCAUAACCUAGAGAUCCCAGUACAGGCUAAUACGAUGGGGAACGCCAAGAGCAGUGCUAUUUCCAAGGAGAUCCUGGAGGACCUGAAGCUCAACACCAAGUUCACGGAGAACGAGUUGUGCCAGUGGUACGAGAACUUCCAGAAGCAGUGUCCCACCGGACGCAUCUCGCCAGAGGAGUUCGAGACGAUCUACGCGCGCUUCUUCCCCGAUAGCGAAGCCAAGACCUACGCUCAGCAUGUGUUCCGUUCAUUCGACACCAACGAGGACGGCACUCUGGACUUCAAGGAAUACAUCAUUGCACUGCACAUGACCUCCAGUGGGAAGACGACGAGGAAGCUGGAGUGGGCCUUCUCACUGUUCGACGUGGACAAGAACGGAUACAUCACCAAGACAGAAGUGGAAGUCAUCUGCCAGGCCAUCUUUAAGCUAAUCCCCAAGGAAGAUCUGCCCAAGUUACCGGCCGACGAGAAUACACCAGAGAAGAGAGCCAACAAACUGUGGGGAUACUUUGAGAAACCAGACAACGACCGGUUGGCAGAGGGAGAGUUCAUCAAGGGGGUGACCGAGAACGAAAACGCCAUGCGUCUCAUCCACUACGAACCCAUCAAUGACUAAGUCAUCCCUUCUUCCCCUCUUUCUCCUUCACACACUAUUUCUUCCUCUCCUCCUCUUUGUCAUUGUAUUCUAAUGUUCUGUCUUUCUCUUCUGUGUAAAUACUAUUGUAUGGCGGUGUCUUAAUUGUCUUCACUGUACCUUCUGAGAAAGUAGGGGUUUAUGUUGGUUAAAGUAUAAAGUAUGAGUAUGUCUGUUAAAGUAAAAGUAUGUUAAAGUAUGUCUGUCUGUGCAUGUAUGCCUAUUGGAUUGAGGCUGUUUUAUGAAGGUAGGUGUGAUAAAUAUGAAGGUAGAUGGCCACUAUUGUAAUUAGUGUUUGAUGCAAUACAAACACGACAGAAACAUUGAGGCACAAGUAUAUUUAUUUGUUUGUAUAUUGAUACAACAUCCCUGCUAAAUGCUGUUUUCCUAUCCGAUUGAAGAUACAAUAGCUUUUUGGUACUGUGAGAUGAUUGUGAAAAAGUAAUGGUGGUCUAGUGUUUUGCAGUGUCCUGAAUACUCAUGGACUGGAUCAUUUGGUAACCAUUGCUCAGUCUAUACAUUUCAUUAUUCUAAGAAGUUCUAAAUGGUGUUGCUGUAGAAGGAAAUUUGAAGUGUGUAAAUGUGAUAAAUGAUAACAGUUCGGACACAGGUAUUUGGGAAAAGAAAAGAUUGAAAAUCUGUAGAAUAACAAACCUUUUUCUCCAUUAGGAAUUUGCAUGGUUGUGAUGGUGGCUUUUAGAUUUUUAUCCUGCAAUUAUCUUAUUGUUUUAAUCAAAGAGUUAUACGCUGCAUAUGGUGGAUUAAAGCUUUUCUCAUAAAUUCUAUGUAUUGCAAAUCA